AUGAAGUUCAACGGUAUCGAAAGUAAUUUGAACGAUGAGCAGAUGCAAAUACGUCGUGUUGCAUUUUUUUCAAUUGUUAUUUCGACCGUCGCAGUAAUUGCUUCCAUUAUUACCCUUCCAAUGUUAUACAGCUUUGUUCAGUCCUUUCAAUCUCAUCUUAUUGCUGAAGCUGAUUUCUGUAAGUCCCGGUCUCGGGAUAUGUGGCAAGAAAUGAACUUAAUUGAUAAGAGUUAUCGGGUCAAACGAGAAGCAGGUACUUGGCUGUUCGGUCAAUUUAUACCACGUGCAUCUGGUACUAAAAAUUACGAUUUGGGAAGUGCCAGCUAUGGUAAUGAAAUUCCUACACCUUAUGCUGGCCGAGGAGGAGAUGAAUCUAAUGAUGGAGAUCUUUAUGGAGGUUCUAACAGUGGCAAUACUUAUGGAAGUGAUGGUAAUCAAUACAGUAGCGAUAAUAGUGAUUACAGUAAGCCAAAGAUAUCAUCAGGUUACGGUCCAGGUCCAAUAAUCAAUGCAGAACCAAACGUUGGAAGUUUCUGUUGUCCAUGUCAGCAGGGCCCUGUAGGACCACCAGGACCACCUGGUGAUCCUGGUCCUGAUGGAAAUGAUGGUGAGCCAGGCAAGAAUGGUGAUAAAGGAAAAGAUGGACAGGUUCUAAAAGCAGCAGUUGGAAUCGAAGAGCCAUGUAUUAUUUGUCCACCUGGACCACCCGGUCCAGCAGGUCAAGCUGGUCCAAAAGGACCACAAGGACCGAAGGGUGCUGAAGGUGCAAGAGGUGAAGAUGGGAAAAACGGAGAACCUGGCAUAACUGGUGCUGCAGGACCAGUUGGACUACCAGGAAAGGAAGGAUUGCCUGGACCUCCUGGUGAACCCGGACAUCUCAUUCCAAUUGAUGGACCUCCUGGACCCAUAGGACUACCUGGACCACCGGGACCACUUGGUCCAAAAGGACUCCCAGGACCGGAUGGAGCCACUGAAGAUGGUCCUCAAGGACCACCAGGAAAUGAAGGUGUACCGGGACCACGCGGAGAGAGAGGUCUGGAAGGACAACCAGGAUUACCAGGAGAACGAGGAGAAAGCGGUUCAUGCGAACACUGUCCCGAGCCACGUACACCACCGGGCUACUGA